ACUGUGUCGCUCGCCAUGGGCAAUCAGCUGAGCGUGAACAGUAUUCAGGAUGCGGUUAUCGAUCGCUUUAAAUCGGUCGCCCUCACCACGGACGAGAACGGAGCGAUGCGCAUACGUUCCUUUUCGGAGGUGGGCGUCAGCUAUGCAGCUGCCCAUCAUCAUGGCGGCAGCGGCAGCUUCAGCGGCAGCUUCAGCGGACGCGGCGGGCGCAUUCUGCGCGAGAGCAGCAUCGAUGGCGGCGUCGCUGUAUUCGAUGCCAUGCUGCGCGACGAUCAUGAGCAUCGCCUGAGCCUGGAUGCAAUGCAUCGUGUGCGACAUGUUCGCACCUCCUGCACCACCAUACCCGAGGAGGAUAUCGAACAAGUCAAACUGGAUGCCAGUAAACAGGUAAUCAGCCCAGACGAUUGUGAGGAUCUCAGUCCAAUGCCACAAACAGCUGCACCACCCGUUCGCAGGCGCGGCGGCAUCUCCGCCGAGCCCGUGACCGAAGAGGACGCCGCCAACUAUGUUAAGAAGGUCGUACCGAAGGAUUACAAGACAAUGAAUGCCCUGUCCAAGGCCAUAGCCAAAAAUGUGCUCUUCGCUCAUCUGGAUGAGAGCGAACGCUCUGAUAUAUUCGACGCCAUGUUUCCUGUUACCCAUACGGCGGGCGAGAAUAUCAUACAGCAGGGCGACGAGGGCGACAAUUUCUAUGUCAUCGAUGUGGGUGAGGUGGACGUUUUUGUCAACUCUGAACUGGUGACCACGAUCAGUGAGGGCGGCAGCUUCGGUGAGCUGGCCCUCAUCUAUGGAACACCGCGCGCCGCCACGGUGCGCGCCAAAAGCGAUGUGAAGCUGUGGGGCAUCGAUCGUGACUCGUACAGACGCAUCCUCAUGGGCUCAACCAUACGUAAGCGCAAAAUGUAUGAGGAGUUCCUGUCGCGUGUCUCCAUACUGGAGAGCCUCGACAAGUGGGAGCGCCUAACCGUCGCUGAUUCACUGGAGACCUGCUCCUUUGAGGAUGGCGAGACAAUUGUGAAACAGGGCGCGGCUGGCGAUGACUUUUACAUUAUUCUCGAGGGCUGCGCCGUUGUCCUUCAGCAGCGCUCCGAGCAGGGCGAAGAGCCCGCCGAGGUGGGUCGCCUGGGCUCCAGCGAUUACUUUGGUGAGAUUGCCCUGCUCCUGGAUCGGCCACGCGCGGCAACUGUUGUGGCACGCGGCCCGCUCAAAUGUGUCAAGCUGGACAGAGCGAGAUUUGAACGCGUUUUGGGCCCCUGCGCGGAUAUUCUCAAGCGCAACAUAACGCAGUAUAACAGUUUCGUUUCACUGUCUGUCUAAGUCGACAACAGCAACAGCAACAACAACAACAAAAGGCACACACACACACACACACCACAUCAAGAAGAAGAAGAAGUAGAACAACAACAACAACGCAGCUCGCAUGCCAACAACAACAACAACAACAACAACCACAAACAAACUAAACUUAAAACUAAAACAAAACAAAUUAAAAAAUGAAAAACCAAAACUUAAAUGUAUAAAAGCGAAACCUAUGUAAAGCCCCAUUUUAAAAA